AUGGCUCAGGAAAAUCUCUGCAAGUUUCACAUAACCAUGUUUCCAUGGUUUGCAUUUGGCCAUAUGACCCCAUACUUCCAUCUCUCCAAUGAGCUAGUUCAAAGAGGCCACAAAAUCUCAUUUUUACCCUCUAAAAAGGCUUAUCUUCAAUUGCACCAUACAAAUAUCCAUACACAUCUCAUCUCCUUCCAUACACUCACCACACCUCAUGUCCACGGCCUCACUCCGGGCACUGAAACCGCCUCCAAUAUACCCAUUGUCUUAACCGUCCCAGCACGUAAAUAUCCAAAGGACAGGCAACUUACAGAGGCCGAAUUGUUGGAGCCACUCCCUGGCUACCCUUCAUCAACUGUGAUGUAUCGCCCACAUGAAGCUGGGUCACUGUCUUUCAUGACGUUAGAAUUUGGUGCCAGCACCACAUUCUAUGAGCGUAUCACGACCGCCAUGAAACAAUGUGACGCCCUCUCUAUAAGAACUUGCCAAGAAAUAGAAGGAAGCUUUUGUGAGUACAUAGGAAGUCAAUACGGAAAGCCAAUGUUUCUGACUGGACCUGUGUUGCCUGAACCACCAAAAACAGCAUUUGAAGACUGGUGGGCCAAGUGGCUUGGCGUGUUCGAGCCCAUAUCUUUCCGGCUAAGGGAUAGGAAAUCUUUCUCCAAUUUUCAUUUCAUCUGA